GUAAUGUCUCAUGUACGUGAAAGGAUUCACGGGCUUAAUCUCAUUUGCAACCAUUUGUUUUCUACUUUUCAGUCGCUUUUCACUAGGGCCCCUUCGAUGGUUAAUGAGAUUUUAGAUGAUAAAGAUCGUAAUAUACAGGGAAACUAUUUCAGUCGAGCAGAAAACGGCGACGCUGUAUUUUACAAAGUGGAUGGAGAACGCUUUGAGGGAGGUUCAAAAACGUUGAAAUUUUCUACUAACACCAGAUAUAAGAUUACACUCACCAGCAAACCGCCCACUCAUUUCCAUCAAAUGCAUCUUGCUGGCUGUGAUUUGCAGUUGCACACUGAUGUUCCAAACAGUGGCCAGUAUACGACUGAAUGGAAUACCACGGGAAUUGACGUGUGCAAAAAGGGAGCCAGGAAUAAUAUCGGUCUUACUUUACAGGUACUUCUUACUGUUUUGCUUAAAACAUUUACUCCUGCACUUUUGGUGUGA